AUGUCUGACGAUCAGUGUGAAUCCACGUCCUUUUCACCCCCUCUUUGGAGACAACGAAGAUUAUUUAUACUCGAAACUUUAAGAAAACACCGAGUAUCGAGUGUCCUCGAUUUUGGGUGCGGAGAGGCAUCUGUCUUGGCUUUUCUUAUUCCAUCCCCACCUUCCAGCGAUGACACCCCCUUCACGAAAUUAGCAGGAAUAGAUAUUGAUCAAGAAUGUGUAGAAGAAGCUGUUAGACGUUGUCAGCCAUGGAGUAGUGAUCAUACCGAACUCCGUGAAAAUCCAUUGACAAUUGAUAUUUUUCACGGGUCAAUUGCCAAGGUUGACUCCAGACUUUCAGGAUAUGAGGCAAUUGUGUGCUCAGAAGUUAUUGAGCAUGUUUAUCCUGAUGUCCUAGCAACUUUUUUCAAUACCACUCUUGGGAAUUACAUGCCCAAAAUAAUGAUUGUCACUACUCCGAAUGCUGAGUACAACAUUCAUUUCCCGUCUUUACACUAUGGCCAACCCAAUGCAGAGUUUCGCCACGAUGAUCACAAAUUUGAAUGGACUCGACAAGAAUUUGAAGAUUGGUGCAAAGCAGGGGCGGCCACUUACGGAUACACAUAUUCGUUUGAGGGUAUUGGUCUUCUGGAGAGCAAACGAGACGACAUGAGAGUAGGUCAUUGUACUCAAGCAUGUAUAUUCACACGUAUUAGCCAAACACCACCCACAGAAUUACCCGCACAGUUGCAACAUCGCCUAGCAACGCACAUUGAAUUCCCUUUCUAUAACAAACCUGCACUCUCCAAAGAAUCACAAAAGGAAACAAUAGAUUAUUAUAUUGGUAAGAUGUGUUUAUCUGAGGAAGAGUAUAUGAAACGACAGGAGGAAUAUGCUCGCCAAGAAGAAGUAAUUGCAGAUGAAGCUUUGGAGUGGUGCGUGGACUGGUCGGAACAGAUAAUUGCCGUCCCUGAGAUUUAUAAACCACCUGUUAUCCGUCAAUGGACUCGAAUUCCUCUCAAUAUUUCUCUGUCAAGAUUAUGGGAUAUUCUUGAGAUUCGCCAGGCAUUCAAAAAAUAUGAAGUUAUGGUUAAACUCUUACAAGAUAAUCCCAUAGAAUAUGGUAUUAAUGGAGAUAUUCUGUCAAUCAAAAAGGCUUUUGAGAUUAUUAGAGAUGACUCAGAAGAAGAACAAGAAGAAGAAGAAAUUUGGACUUAG